AUGGCCUGUCAAAAUGGCGAGUGUACAGAGAGAUCAUUGGUGUUAUGUAAUUCUUCAAUGUUUAUUAUUGAACUUAUUAUUAUGCAGAAAUGGUGCAUUUGCUGAGAAAAACAAGUAUUAUCAUAUAUCUACAUUAUGCACAAAAGAACGCAACCUUCAAAUGUAUAAGAAAAUAGAUGGUACAGUUUUACGGUCAGACGGAGAAGAUAAUUUACAGUGCGUCCUUACAUUUCAGACAGAUACUAUACUGCAACGGUUUAUGCUCAGGUUUGAAAGGUUAGCUUUGGAUUGCAACGAUCAUCUUUAUAUCUUUGAUGGAGCACAUGCAUUUGGCAAUUAUAAGGCAGACUUAUCAUGCCGCAGUACAAGAGCUGAUAUUGGGACCAUCUAUACUCAGAGCAACUUUGUAACUCUUAAGUAUGUGACGGAUAAAUGGACCCAGGACGGAAAUGGUUUUACAUUAGUUAUUACGACUUUUAAGGAUUCACCUGUUGGUUGUCGAGAUUUCUUGUGCAUGAACAGUUUCUGCAUAACCAAAGAUCUAACCUGUGAUCACGUAAACCACUGUGGAGAUAAUAGUGAUGAAACAAGUCAUGCCUUAUGUGUAGAUGACACUUCAGGGACAGAGAUCUUGGGAAUGGCUGUUGGUGCAUUUGCUGUUUUUGUAACUGUACUGAUAGCUUGUGGCAUCUUUGUGGCGGGUGUUGGAGUAUGCCUGUGCCGAAGAGCCCGCCUGCAAAGACAAGAUCUCGAUGAGUGUCAGAACCAGCCUUAUCCCAGUAAGCGUCUGCACCCAGAUACACCACUUCUCCCAACCAACACGAAGAAAAACCCCCACCCUAUCCCGGAGGUGGAUAUUCUCCAGGGAGUGGCAUCACCUAUAAAGUGCACGGUGAAAGCCUCUACUACCCAACAAAGUGAAAAUUGGCUUGUAUAAAAUGAUUUUUCCCCCUAGUGGAAAAAGGGUACGAAUUGCAUCAGAUUGGAUUAAAGCUUUUAGAGGCUUACUGUGUACUCCAGUCCACGGUAACUGCUUGGCUAACGAUUACAUAAUGUGCGUGCAUUUCAUAGAGCUACUUGCAAAGCAUGGUUUGAGAUUGGGUGCUGUAAUACUAAAAUGUUGUUUAAUUGUACCACUUAAUACCUGUAUAAGCUUUAAUCCAGUUUUGUCUAUAUGCGAUAAAUGGACUGCCUUCAUAUGUAUGUGCUAGUUUGCAUUUACAGCAAUACCGUCUUGAAAAAAGAAAAAUAUCUGCACAAUCUCUUGUGGUUUGUACUUUGGAGUUGGUGUCAUCAAAACACCUGCCUUUUUAAGGAUUUGUCAAGUAAUGAUUUAUUUGUACAUGUGCCACUUUGGGAAAUGGAAUUCAUCAGGUUUGAUCCAGGUUUUUAUUAUUGCAGUUUAUUUAAUUGCAAUAGAUAUGAACUACUAAAAAAAGUGUACUUUGAUUAUGUAUAGUAGAGUUUCGGUUUUAUCUUUUAGCGAACAGCAUAUUUGCUGUGUGUUACUUAAUUUUUGUUAGAAUAUCAAGAAGUUUUAAUGCAAAUUCUUGAUGUACUCACUGCCAUCUGAAUAACACAGAAUUAAAAUCAUAUCAAGCUUUCAUCAUAUCAGGUACUGGAAUCAGUACGUGCAUGCAUACUUGAGAUUUUUUAAUCUGUAAGCACUUGCAAAUAGUAAAAUUGCAAAUUUUCUUACACACAUGAAAAAAUUAUAUAUUUAAUAAACAAUUAUUCAUUUUUCUGUAAAAAAAAUACAUUGAGAGAUACUUCGGAGUCAAGUAAGUAAAGGAAAAAUUGUAUUAAGUAAAUAAAAGGGGAAAUUGCAGUUUUAGUAUAAACUACUGGCUGAUUUAUAAAUGGAACUUUGCUCUUAGAAGCAUAUAAAUAUUUAAUAUAUUAGAAUUGUUCCUUGCAAUUAUUUAUUUCAACUACCUGGAAUAUUACUUUGAAUUUCAUAAUUAAAUUUUAAAACCUGAAACAAAUACUUGAUGAAAUACCAUUUUUAUAUGAUAGUUACAUGCAGUGGCUUCUUGUUUUUCACAUAUUUGUACAUCCUUUUACAAUAUAUAGGUUUUAUUUGAAGUUGAAGAAUUUACAUGUUUAGCAUAUUUUUAAGCUAGUAGGUACAAUGGAAACUGUAUUUGAAUUACUGAAUCUCAUUUGCAUAUUAUAAUUUGAAUAAGAGUGAAACAUACUUGGUAAAAAGAGCAGAAGUUUUAGUUUUGUUCUGAAGCCAGAAUUAUAUCAUGAUUUGAUAUGUGACUAGUUAUUUUGGAAGAAUUAAAAGUAAUAUAGCUAACUAAUAAAUGAAAAAUGUUAUCUAAAAAAUGUAACAAACUAGUGGUUGAAAUUUAUCUGUCUCUGAGAGUUAAGAAUACUAGAUCUUAAGAAGCACUUCUUGAAUUUGUCUUACAAAUACUGAAGUGUGUUUUAAAAUUGUUUUUUCUGUAAAAUUUUAUUUUCUAUUAUUUGAAUACAUGUAAAAUAAUUUUUAUUAAAAACCUGCAGAAACUCCAGAAUUCAUUUUAAAAACAUUUUCCAAAAUUCUGCAUGUGAUUUUAGUACACAAUAUUAAUUUUCUAAAAUUAAUACAUUUUAGAAUUUAGUGGCAGAAUGUUAACAGAGUUAAUCUAAAACUUAACCUUAAAAAUAAGAUUUGAUUUUGGAGUAUUAGUUAUAUAUUUUCAUAAUUUAUAUUCAAAUAGCUAAUUCAUCUUUAUAAAUAUGGGGACCAGCUGCUUUUAUAAAUAUUUUAUUAAUAUACGCCCUGUUUCUUGUCUGAGAACUGAAUAUCUUGUUCAGAUUGGUGUAAUUUUCCCUUGACACUUUUUUGUAUUUACAGAGUAAAUUAUGUAAUCAUUUUUCUUAUCAAUAAACUUUUUAGAUUUUAAUGAAUUUUUUAAUUUCUAUUAAAAGGUACAAUAAAUUUCUCGAUAUUUUAAUUGCUUUCAAACUGCUGAAAUAAUUAUCUUAUAAAAUAGCAACAUUUUGCAUGUGUGCCUUGCAAACUCUUAAAUGUGAAUGUAUCAAAUUUUCAGUUAUUUAACAGUUGGCUGGUUUUAUGAAGUCACAAAUCAAAUCAGUGUUUCAGUCUUAAAUAGAAUUAUGAUUUAACAGUUUAAGUGUCUGAUGUGUGAUAAUAUAUUGUAUCUGUUUUAUAGAUAUGUAAAAACAUGUAUAUUAAUUGGUGCACAUAUGCUUGAUAGUGUAUACUUAAUAUGUUUUGCACUAGACCAUUUAAUUUUUUGUUUAUUUUUGUGUUGAAGUUAGAUGUUGGUAAUAAUUUGUAAAUAUUCAUUAACAUGUUUUUUAAUACUGAAUGGGGGAUAUUCAGAAACAGACAUAAAUUAUUUGACAAGCUGAAUAUUAUAGAUAUGAAGAUCGACUAUAAAUGAAAAGUGCAUAUGAAAUUUUUCUAAUUUUAUACAAUUAUUAUGAUUCUUCCUCCUUCACUUUAAAAAUUUAUCCUGAAAAAUUUUCAGAAACUGCUUUUUAUAGUUCCGUUAGUUUGCAUCAAGAGACUUUUUUUUUUUUAAUUCUGCUUGUGCUGCAUUCAGAAGUAUCACAGUGCUUUAUUUAUUUAUUAAGCUAACUGUGUCUUCAUUUAACACAAAUUUUAAAAUGUGAGUAAAUACUUAGAUUUGGAAUAUGAAACUUCAGAUAUUUAAAGAAAAUAUAAUUCUGCAUAUAGUGUUUUAUAUUUAGUAAUUUUAUUUGUUUUAUGUAAUAAGACUUUACGCACAAUAAACAGUGCAAGGUUAUAGUGUCUUCCGCUUUAGCGUCUUCCGCAAACUCUUUUAAUAGAAAACAUUUUGAAUUCUAAAAUUUUAAGAAUCAACUUCUGCUAUAUCAGUUUUUCUAAAUAAAACUUUUGUUAAAAUUUAGUUUUAUUAAUCGAAAUUAUCUUGACGAGUUUGUGCAAUUAAAAGUUCAAGAAAUUGAAAUAUUUAUCAUAUAAGUUAUUUUUGUGGGGCUGAGGAAUUUUAAUUGUAUAAAAAAUGAAAAACGUUCAGUGCACAUUCAAAACAAUCACAUGGACAUAUCGUUUUAAAUAUGUUGUAUGAUGGAGAUUGUAGUAGAGUGUCAUAUAAUGUAUCAUCUGCUUAUUGCCUUUUUAUAGUUAUUCAAAGGCAUUCUUCUAAAAAAUAGCUAAUUGUGAAAUUAGUUUAAAUUAAAAAUUUUUUUGAUAUAACAUGUUUCAUGUGGGAAAAAAUGAAGAUAGGUAUAAAUCUUUGCAGCAAACUUCCCGUGGAUAUGAAAGGAUUAGCCUAGAUGUUAGCCAAAAUUGUAAAUUACAUUAAAGAUUGUAAAAUGCAGAAAGGCUGUUGAGUUUGCAUGCAAGUAUGACACUAGAGAUGCUUCAUUUUGAAUGUUAUUAUAUUUAAUCGCAUUUUUGAGCAUUUGUGUGUGUUAGCAUGCGAGUCAUUUUUGUAGAAUGCACAACAAAAGGAACAUUUCAUCCGAAGUUGCCAAGUAUUUUUCCUUGGCUUCACAUAGGCAUAUCAUUUCUUUUUUGUAUUUUUAUGGGCCUUUGUAUGUAUGUGUGUAUGAAGCCAAAUAAAACUUUCAUGUGUCAA